CAAAGUAGCUUGGAGUAUUGUCGGAUGAUGACGGUUCCCUAGCUAGGGUGAGGACUGCAAUCCCUGACUGCCCGGACCGAUAUUUUUGAGUAAUUCAGAGGCGAGAGCGAGAGAGGGUUAACAGACGCGUUGCAGAGUCGUAACGCAGCUUUUAAAUUUUGUAAUUUGAGGAUUGUGACUUGCCCAUAGUGGUAAAUUCAGAAUGAAAAAUAAUGAUGCGCCAGGCCUGUGGUUGCUGGCUAGCUAGCUAUCAGCUAAUAGCAGGACAACAGCAGCCAGCCAACAUCUACAGCCGAUUGCAGUGUUUGACGGCCGCAAUCAGUAGGUAGACGGAGCCACUUACGAGGUGCGGAACAGUAACCGCAAACCAGCUAGUUUGCUCAUAGAGUGACAAAACGUUAUAGGGACAUGGAUAUCAGGAUAAUAGCCUGCUAGAUCCCAGAUUGUGCAACAGAAAGUUGUUCACUUUGAGCUAGCAAAUUUGUGAUCUUGGCUUGUUUGAUAGUUACUGAGAAAGAAAAAAAGGAAGUUGGAUAGCUGGCAGAGCCAUCACUUGUACCAGUAACUAGCUACUUCGCUCCCAAAGCGCAAGAAAACUUUGGAAAAGUUCUCGGUUAGCUAGUCAGUUAUAACACAGUUCUGAAAUUAAACGGAUUUCAUACGAGUUUAUGUUCCGGUUUUCGGAAAGGACUUGAAGACUACUAACGUCUGCUGGCAAACGAAAACCUCACAUCUCCGUGGACUACAUCGAACCACCAGCAAUGGGGGAGACUGACAACAUGGAUUAUUUUUAUCAGCAAGUAUUGCAGAAGGAUGUGACCAGGCGACUGCAGGUUGGCCAGGAUCUCAUUGACUACCUCAACGAUCGUCACAGGUCCUCAGACGUCGAUCAGGACAAACCUCGGUUGGAUAAGACCAUUGAUGAGCUAACGGGAUGGGUAAAUUCAAGCAAUUAUAAGGUGGCGUUGCUGGGGCUUGACAUCGUCAGAGCUUUUAUAGAACGGCUCUCAGACCGUUUCAAAGGCUACUUGGGAACAGUGCUCCCGGCCCUGGUGGACAGACUUGGCGACUCCAAAGACCAGGUGCGGGAGCAGGCACAGGGUGUCAUCCUGAAGCUGAUGGAGCACACCGCCACAGUCAUGUACGUUUGGGAACGCAUCAUUCCUGGCUUCAAACACAAGAACUUUCGCAGCCGAGAGGGAGUGUGCCUUUGCCUCAGUGCCACACUGGACAUGUAUGGGGCCCAGUCCUUGUCCUUCAGCAAACUUGUCCCCUUCCUCUGCACCCUGACAGGUGAUUCAAAUGCCCAGGUUCGAGAAACGGCCAUAGCAACACUAGUGGAUGUUUAUCGCUAUGUCGGAGAAAGGAUGAGAGCUGACCUGAGCAGGAGGGACCUACCCUCCACACGGUUGCAAACAAUAUUCAGCAAGUUUGAUGAAGCACUGAACUCUGGGAACAUGGCCUUAAGUCCCGGGCAAGAUAAAGGCUUCGACGAUGAAGAGUCCGUGGAUGGAAGCCGGCCCUCCUCAUCCCAGUCUGGCUUCAAGGUCCCUGCUGCCAAGAAGCCAGGUAACCCUGGCAACAGCAGCCGCCGGCCCAGCACCACCGGGGCUGCCAAGGUUGGAGGUCAGUCCAAGGAAGGGGCUGGGGCAAUUGAUGAAGAGGACUUUAUCAAGGCCUUCACAGAUGUCCCUACUGUACAGAUCUACUCCAUGCGUGACCUGGAGGACAACUUGAACAAGAUACGCGAGGUCCUGUCCGACGACAAACAUGACUGGGACCAAAGGACCAAUGCGCUGAAGAAGAUUCGAUCGCUGCUGAUUGCUGGGGCAGCAGACUACGACUGCUUCUACCAGCACCUGCGUCUGUUGGAUGGUGCCUUCAAGCUGUCGGCCAAGGACCUGCGCUCGCAGGUGGUGCGGGAGGCCUGCAUCACUGUGGCCCAUCUCUCCACUGUCCUGGGCAACAAGUUUGACCAUGGCGCUGAAGCCAUCGUGCCUAUACUGUUCAACCUGAUUCCCAACUGUGCCAAGGUGAUGGCCACCUCGGGUGUGUCGGCCAUCCGCUUCAUCAUCCGGCACACGCAUGUCCCCAGGCUGAUCCCGCUGAUAACCAGCAACUGCACAUCCAAGUCUGUGGCGGUGAGGAGGCGAUGCUAUGACUUCCUGGACCUGCUGCUUCAGGAAUGGCAGACUCACUCCCUAGAGAGGCACGUGGCUGUCCUGGUGGAGAGCAUAAAGAAGGGCAUCCGAGAUGCAGACGCUGAAGCACGAGUGGAAGCCCGCAAGGCAUACUGGGGCCUGCGUAAUCACUUCCCAACAGAGGCGGAUGCCCUGUACAACUCCCUGGAGGCGUCAUACCAGCGCAACCUGCAGUCUUGCCUGAGGAGCUCUGGCAGCGUGGCCUCCCUGCCUCAGUCUGACCGCUCCUCCUCCAGCUCCCAAGAGAGUCUCAACCGCCCUCUCUCAUCAAAGUGGUCCGCUGCGCCUGGCAGAGUUCCUGCCAGCGCAAAGUCCACAGGCUCCCCCGGGUCCCUGCAGCGCUCGCGCAGUGACGUUGAUGUCAACGCAGCCGCAGGUGCCAAGGCGCGGCACGGUGGGCAGACAGGGGGUGGGACCCGGUUCACAGCAUCGGGACUCCCCGCAGGGUCCUACAGCUCACUGGAUGACACGUCUGAUAAGACGGAUGGCACCUUGUCUGAUGAUGGUCGGCUGCGCACCAAGCAGGCUCUGAGCACAGUGUCUGUGGGUGUCAGCAGCAGCCAGGUGGACUCCCGCGGUCGCAGCCGAGCCAAGGUGGUCUCCCAGUCACAACGUUCUGAGGAUUCCGAUUGUACGCCAGCGGGCAGCAGGUCGGGGUCGCCUGGCCGGGUCCUGGCCAGCACUGCCCUCAGCACGGUAAACUCAGGCACCCAGCGUGUUCUGACGGGCCCAGGCUCCGCCCACCGCCGCAGCCGCAUCCCGCGAAGCCAGGGCUGCAGCCGUGACUCCAGCCCCACCCGGCUCUCUGUAGCACCAUCAAACCACAGUCAAAUCUACAAUGGCGCAAGCAGAGGAGCACGAGGAAGCCGAAUCCCUCGGCCUAGCAUGAGCCAGGGGUGCAGCCGGGAGGCCAGCCGUGAGAGCAGCAGGGACACAAGCCCUGUUCGCUCUUUCCAGCCUCUCGCUUCGCGACACCAUUCCCGAUCCACGGGGACCCUCCACACCCCUGACGCCUUCGGGGCGGCAGGCUCUGGGUAUGGGAUUGGCCCGUCUAGCAGGCUGUCGUCCUCAGUCAGUGCCAUGCGGGUCCUCAACACUGGCUCUGAUGUAGAGGAGGCCUUGGCCGAUGCGCUGCUGUUAGGAGACAUGAGAAACAAGAGGAAGCCUGCCAGGAGGAGGUACGAGACGUAUGGUAUGUACUCAGACGACGACGCCAACAGCGACGCGUCCAGUGCCUGCUCAGAGCGUUCCUACAGCUCACGCAACGGCAGCAUUCCCACCUACAUGCGGCAGACGGAGGAUGUGGCUGAGGUGCUGAACCGCUGUGCCAGCACCAACUGGUCCGAGAGGAAGGAGGGACUCAUGGGCCUGCAAAGCCUGCUGAAGAACCAGAGGACCCUCAGUCGUGUGGAGCUGAAGAGACUCUGUGAGAUCUUCACCAGGAUGUUCGCUGAUCCCCACAGCAAGCUAGAAGUUGGGAGGGGCCAUCUCUCAACGAGGGGCUGUGUCUCGGCAGAGUCCGGUAUAAGCUCAGCCUCGUAUAAGAGAGUGUUUAGCAUGUUCCUGGAGACAUUGGUGGACUUCAUUCAGGUGCACAAGGACGACCUGCAGGACUGGCUCUUCGUCCUGCUAACCCAGCUGCUGAAGAAGAUGGGGGCUGACUUGCUGGGCUCCGUGCAGGCCAAGGUCCAGAAGGCCCUGGAUGUCACGAGGGAGUCAUUCCCCAAUGACCUGCAAUUCACCAUCCUGAUGAGGUUCACUGUAGACCAGACUCAGACUCCCAACCUGAAGGUGAAGGUCGCCAUCUUGAAAUACAUAGAGACACUGGCCAUGCAGAUGGAUGCCCCAGACUUCAUCAACUCCAGUGAAACUCGCCUGGCUGUGUCCCGCAUUAUCACCUGGACCACUGAGCCCAAAAGCGUUGAUGUCAGGAAGGCUGCCCAGUCUGUACUGAUAGCCCUCUUCCAGCUCAACACUCCAGAGUUCACCAUGCUGCUCGGGGCUUUACCAAAAACCUUCCAGGAUGGAGCCACCAAGCUGUUACAGAACCACUUGCGCCACAGUGGGAACCCCUCCCAGCAGACGCCAACGGGCAGCCCUCUCCCCCGUCACACCCCCCGCUCCCCUGCCAGCUGGUCCAGUCCGCUUACCUCCCCCACCAACACCUCGCAGAAUACCCCGUCACCAAGCAUGUUCGAGUAUGACACAGAGAGCAUGAACUCUGAUGACAUCUACAGCUCCCUGCGGGGUAUGACAGAGGCCAUCCAAAGCUUCAGUGUGCGCAGCCAGGAGGACAUGAAUGAGCCCUUGCCACGGGAUGCCAAGAAGGAUGGGGAUGGCGAGGCGGGUGGGGUUGGGGGCAGCAGCACAGACACCUUGGAUUCUGUGCGCACAGCGCUGGACAACAAGACCUCACUCCUCAACACCAUGCCUCUGCUCCAUUCCAGCCCCCGCGCGGGGCGUGACUACAAUCCCCUUAACUACUCAGACUCCUUCAGCAAGUCAGCCCUCAAGGAGGCCAUCUUCGACGACGAUGCAGAACAGUUCCCUGAAGGGGGUAACCAGUCGGAGCUGGUGGGUGAGCUUCUGAAGGAGCUGUCCAAUCACAAUGAGAGGGUGGAGGAGAGGAAGGCAGCACUAUGCGAGCUGCUGAAGCUGAUCCGUGACAGCCAGCUGGUGGUGUGGGAUGAGCACUUCAAAACCAUCCUGCUGCUGCUGCUGGAGACCCUGGGAGACCGGGAGCAUGUGAUCAGGGCCUUAGCUUUAAGAGUGUUGAAAGAGAUCCUCAACCAGCAGCCAUCACGCUUUAAGAAUUACGCAGAGCUGACAAUAAUGAAGGUGCUGGAGGCACACAAAGAUCCCCACAAAGAGGUGGUACGGGCAGCAGAGGAGACUGCAGCCAUGUUGGCCAUAUCCAUCAGCCCAGACCAGUGCAUCAAAGUGCUGUGCCCUAUCAUCCAGACGGCCGACUACCCCAUCAACCUGGCCGCCAUCAAGAUGCAGACCAAGGUCAUCGACCGCGUCCCCAAGGAGAGCCUCAACCAGCUGCUGCCAGAGAUCGUCCCAGGACUCAUCCAGGGGUAUGAUAACUCAGAGAGCAGCGUGAGGAAGGCCUGUGUGUUCUGCCUGGUGGCCAUCUAUGCUGUCAUAGGGGAUGAGCUGAAGCCUCACCUCAGCCAACUGUCUGGCAGCAAGUUAAAGUUAUUGAAUCUGUACAUCAAGCGAGCGCAGUCUGGCUCCAGCGGUAGUGACCCUGCGGCAGACAUCUCGAGCCAGGGCUUAUGAACAGGAUGGUGGAGGGGGACUCCCCUGCUAGCCCUGCCAGAAGUGGACAAGGACACUGUGCUGGGAGGCCCCAGUCACGCAUCCCCCAACCCUCCGCCCCUUCUGCUGGCCUGUUUCCUGCCAUGCAUGCUACCUGCUGCACUGCUCUGGGACCCUGGAGAACGCUGUGCAGUGCAAGCAUGCUUCCUGCCUCCAGAGAGGCCCUAGCUUUAACAUGGAGAUACUGCUAAAGGCUCUCUCAGUCCUCUGCCCUGCCCUCACCCAUCAGUGUUACACAUUAUUGUGUUUUCCUUUGUUUCAUACGACGCCUAAUUGAUAUUGAUCAACAUCUUGACAAAAAACUACCACAGGAUUAAGAUUCAGAGUCCACUCAAAAACAACACUUUCUUUUAACUUUAUGAUAAUAAUUAGAAUCUAAAAAACCUAGAUUAACUGAAAUAAAUACUAAAAGCCUAAGGUCAGUGGAGGUAGUUAAUCUCUUGAUCGAAGGGUGUGAUUUGAUCACUGACUGACUACAGUGCUGGUAGUGUGGCAAAAUGCAUCAAAUGCUGAUAGCCUUUCACUCCUCUAACAGAAUACACUGAUGCCAUGCCACCGUGCUCCAUCACCACAGCUACUCCAGUUAGUGAAUAUAGUCAUCGUGCCCGAGAUUGUGGGUUUGCACACCUUCUAACUCCAAACUGUAAUGACAACUUUUUGCUUCUUCUUUUUUUUCCCCACAAUUACUGGUCUCUUUACCUUCAGCAACCAAUGGACUUAAA